AAUUAAACCACUAACGCGUUUUCUGGAAAACCACUGGAGCGAUGAAAAUCGAUACGUAUCGAUGCUAAACAGCUGAUCAGGCAAAAGGAUAAAAACCCCGUCAAUAAAAACGCGCAAUUGCCGAAAAACCCUUGAAAAUAACCAAUUUCAGCCGCAGAAUGGCGGCGGAAAUGAAGCAUAAGAAGCGCCACGCCUGCGUAAUCGUACUGGGCGACAUUGGGCGCAGUCCACGUAUGCAAUACCAUGCCCAGAGCCUGCUGGAAGACAAUUACAAUGUGGACAUCAUUGGAUACCUGGAGACGCGUCCCCUGGAGGCAUUGAGCGCUUGCAAAAUCCACGAGCUGUCGGCUGUGCCAGUGACGAAUCUAACGCCACAACUGAAGCUACUCUUUAAGGCCUUCUGGCAGACACUCAGCCUGCUGAUGGCCCUGAUCUCCAUACGACGUCCCAACUUUCUGCUCGUCCAGAAUCCGCCCGGCAUACCCACCCUCAUCGUUUGCUACUUGUACUGCGCAGUGACGCGCACCAAAUUGGCCAUCGACUGGCAUAACUACACGUACACGGUGCUGGCCAUGGGCACGGCGGGCGGCGAGCAGAGCCGCCUGAUACGCCUGGUCAAGCGGCUGGAGCGUUACUUUGGGUCCAAGGCGCACACGCACUUUUGUGUGACGCGUGCCAUGCAGGAGGAUCUGCAGCGCAACUGGAACAUAGGUCCCGUCACCGUCUUGUACGAUCGUGCACCCACGCAAUUCCAUCCGAUUGAUCUGCCCCAGAAGCACGAGCUGUUCAUGAAGCUCUCCAAGGAUUAUCCGCAAUUCAUGCCGCAGUGCUAUGCUGAUCUGAAGCAGUCCGGUGUGCUGGAGGCGACAGCUUUAACACAGAAGCUGGCCAAUGGCAGUGUCCUCUAUAAGCCACAGCGACAGGCCAUACUCGUCUCGAGCACCAGUUGGACGCCCGAUGAGGACUUUGGGCUACUGCUGCAGGCGCUGCAGUCAUAUGAGAAGACAGCGCUGGCCGAGCCCCAGAUCUAUCCCGCCCUGUUGUGCGUCAUCACUGGCAAGGGGCCGCAGAAGGAGCAGUACGAGGCGGAGAUGGGCAAAAUGCAGUGGCAAAAGGUCAACAUAGUCACGCCAUGGCUGGAGAACGAAGACUAUCCCAGCAUACUGGCCAGUGCCGACUUGGGUGUGUGCUUGCACUGGAGCACCAGCGGUCUGGAUCUGCCCAUGAAGGUGGUGGACAUGUUUGGCAGCGGCCUGCCCGUCUGUGCAUACAAUUUUAAAUGCUUGGAUGAACUGGUGAAGCAUGGAGAGAACGGCUUCGUCUUUGGCGAUCAUCAUGAACUGGCCGAACAGCUGCGCAUUUGGUUCGAAAACUUUCCCAACAAUCCCAGCAUUCAGGAGACACAAACGCGCUUCGGACGCAGCCUGCAGCAGUUCCAGGAGCUGCGCUGGCGUGAAAGUUGGCGCCUAAACGCGGCACCCAUACUCGAGGCAUUUCUUUAAGGCAUUUUCAGUAACUUAUUUAUA